GGUCUUCCGGAACUAAUUAAAAUAUUUGUCCGCGAUCGGGGAAUCUAAACAGCGUGGGACCACAUUCCGUCACGAGAAAUUGCACGUGUUUUUGUCAAACUCACUGCUGCAAGAAGUGCUGUGGGGAAAAUGCCGAAGGCCCUGAAAGGUGGUAAGGGAGCGGCGGAGAAGAAGGUGAUUCAUCCAUACAGUAGGAAAGCAGCUUAUAUUGCAAGAGAAGUAAUCAAACAAGAGAAAAAAGUCAAACUAAAGCAUGACAAAUCCUUACGACUGAAUGCAGUUGGUGAAAAACUGCUUUGGUUCCAGAGCCAACUUGAUCCUGCAAAAGAAGAAUACACAAAACAAGAUGCGUGUGAAAUUAUUGAACGAUAUCUGCAUCGUUUUGACACGGAGCUGGACCAGAUAGAGCUGGCCAAUGGAAUUAAAGGAAGGCAAGGCCGUCUACACGGCUCCAGGGAGAACGUCAUCAAACAGACGGUAGAGCGAGAACGGGCUCUCUACGAGGGAAAUGGAUUUGAAAUUCCUGACAUUAUCAAUUGUAAACAUCUGAAAACGUUCAGAGAUUGGAACGGCAACCUGAAAAAACUGCCCAAUAUAAAAAUGCGCAAGGUGUCCCCCAAAGAGGCGGGGAGCGCACAGAAGGAGGCGCAGCCGGAGGGUCUUUCAGAGGAGCUGGGAGAGGACGCGUUGCUGGGAGACUCUGAGGAGGAGUCGCUAGAUGAUGAAGAUUUAUAACCCAAUGCCCACCUUCCUGCACAUCGCCCCGUCACACCAGUGUCCCACAUGCAGUGAACCUCGGACUCGGCUGUCUAAGUGUGGCCCUGGGGACCGCAGAGUUUGUACUGGCCUAGCCCGGGUAUCUGCGUCUUUAAUCGGUCAGUUAACCCUUUUAGAAGAGUAUUUCUAUGGGACUGUGUUUUCAGAACAGAAGUCCAUGUUCUAGAACUGUGUGAUUGUUACAUCAGCAGUAGAAUGUUCAGUUAGGAUUCUAAUGAUGUAUUUGCAAUCUUACUUCUGAAAGGGUUAAGGGCUAACUAAUGGAGUUAAGAGCUAACUAGCAGUGAAAUGCUUCAUACCCUGUGGCUGACCAGGAUCAGGGUUGGGUUGGGCUGCUUGGAUUACUUCAGCUACACUGUGCGGCACCUAUGAAAAGUCCGACUGAUAAUGAUCUCAUUUUGUGGACAAUUAUUUUUCCAUCCAUACCUGUGGAAUAAUGGUCACCCUCAGGCUCAAAGAUUUAUGGCUGCAAUACAACAUGUUGUAUGUGUGCGUGUAUUUAACAGGAACACCAGUGCUUCUCAGAAAAUAAAUGCCCAGGGUCUCUUCUAAA